AUGCAGCCGUCUGCUGGGACUUUGUUGCUGCCAACGGCCCCAUUACUGACAAGGGGAACUAGGACACCACUGCGGAGCAAGGCCCCGCCGCCAUCCCUGACCGUUGCCAGUGCAGCUGCGCUGGCAACGCUGACGGCGCAUGCAGGCGUGCGCUUGCAGGCGAGCAAGAGGCCACCCUCGAAUUUCCGUCCUGGCCGACGAAGGGCGAAGGUCCAGGUCGCAGCCUCCAAGCACUACGAGGUCAUUCCCCGAGAAGGCUGUGCAUUCGGGGCCUCCGUGCGGGGUUUCAGCGUCAAAGAGGCCCUGAAUGACAAAGCGGUGAUGGAGCAGAUCCGCUCGGACAUGUACAAAUACCGGCUGCUAAUUUUCCAUGGGCAGACCGACCUGUUGCCAGAGGACCACAUUAAAUUGAGUGAGCAUCUAGGCUCACUAGAGCACAUCCUUCAUCGGCCGCAUCCGAAGUCACCGGAUCCUCGGCUGCUACGUGUGGCCAACGACGACCGAGAAGGCUUCAUGUCGGUGGGCACUAGUGGUUGGCAUGUGGAUGGUGUAAUGCUCCAAGCGCCGUUUGCUGCCCAGACUAUGCACCAUUUGCAUGCCAUACCUGGUGGCGAUACCAUGUUUCUGGGACUCAACGAGCUGCUGGAGUCAAUGGAUGAAGAACUCCGGUCUCUCUGUGAACGCCUGUGGUUCGUGUCAGGUGUUGGGGAGGACCUGCAGCAAGGUGAAGGACAGAUGUCAAUGUUGCCGCUGGUGUACAAGCACCCCUUCACCGGGGAGAAGACCAUGUGCUUCCACUUGGGUCAGACAUAUUGCCUGGGCUUUGUGGAGGAGAUUGCCUUGAAUGCAUUUCUGGAGGCGUUUGCAGACGUUAUGACUCGGGGGGACAAGCUGUUCAAGGAUGCACGCUCAUCGCUGCAACGGGUCCUUGCCGGACCAGAGGACAACUGCCCAUCCAAUUUUCGGUUUUUGCCGGCUCUGCCUGUGCAGGAUGCGCUGCAGAAAGCCAUUGACGGGAUGGACCCGGAAACUCACCGCCGAAGCAUUCUGCGAGUAGAGUGGGACAGAGGCGACUUGGCGCUGAUUGACAACAUGGGCUUGGCACACCUUCCGGCCCCUGGCACCCAGUCACUGCCUCUCAUCAGUGGACUUCGGGUUUUCCAUCGGACCACGAUGAUAAACCCAGAGGCAGUGGUCCGAAACCUUCGAGGUGCUCCGUCUGUUCUGCUCGGAGGCAAGAGGCGGGACGGCCCGAUAUCAGACGAAGCCGUUGAGGAUCUGGAUGCCAUGGGCGCUAUCCUCCGAGCUCUGAUGGCAGCGGCGCCCAUAAACGAAGACGAGUUGGGAGGCGACCAGAGAGGUGGGGAUUUGCAGAUUCCAAAGAACGUGCCAGCAAGAGAGGAAGCUUUGCGGGCUUUAGAAGAAGCCCAGCAACCUCUAGACAUGCUGAAAGACGUGGAUGCAGAGCUGCAGGCCGCCACCAACCAAGGCAAGGAGACCCUCACGAAGACGCUGAAGAGGCUUAUGAUGGAGUACCAUCCUGACCGGAACCAGAAUCGCGAGAAGGAGAUCAUCCCCAUAUUCAAGUAUCUUCGCCGGCUUCGCAAGGAGCAGGGGCGGCCAGCGAGCGUCAUGGCGCAGACCAAGGGGGGUCCUCAGGAGCCGCUGGGCGUCGAUUACGAGGCCGCUGAGGCAGCGGUCGAGAGCGAACUUGAGCUCGUGGGUUCUGAGCUCCGCUCUGCCCAAGAGUCUGAGAGACAGGCAUGGGCAAGAAUUUCAAGCGUUACCCAAGUGGGGCCUACCCUGGAUGACAUAGCAGCAAAGGUCUCGACGAACUUCUUGAUCUCUACCGAGGAUGUACCUCCUUCGGACCCCCAAGGGGUGUAUUGGCUGCAGGUCCAGAUGUCGGCCUUCGAUUCGGAUGGAUGCAACCGCUUCAAGUCCUUGGUGGCUGGAGAGAUGCAAAAGCUGCAGUUCCCCAUUAGCCUGCUGCCAAUGACUUGCGAGGGAGCAAAGCUUCGCGUGCGGUGCCUUCCCCGACCGCUUCCUCAUGGAGCGCCGGCAGCCCUUCAGCUGUUCAGUGCUCAGAUCCACAAGAUUAACAUCACAGAAGGCACCUUGGUGGAUGUCAGCGACAUCGUGGCCAACAAGGACGCGCCAGUUCUCGAGGAGAUUUUUCAGGGCCUUCGUUACGACUUGGACGUCAGCGUAACGAAGGCUUUGGAAAGGCUUGUCGUUCAGAAGCUUGAGGAUUUCGUGGCAAGGAAGGCUGACCACAGUGUGGCGAUGCUGGACAGAGGCAACUGCAAUGCGGGCGAGCUCCCUUGCAGAUAUGCUUGGGAGGGUGAGUGUUGCAGUACGAGUAGCUGCCAGGACUACCUUGCUGAACAGUGCAAGUUCAACGCCACCUACUGCAUGGAAUACUGCAAGGCCACUCUCGAGUCAGCCAAGGCAGCCGGCAUGGACCUGGUCCAGCAGGUGGUUGGUAUGUUCAAAGGUGCAUCCUCAGACCUCCGCUUGGCAUACGACGACGCGAAGCGGCGAGAGCUUAUUCAAAUGACGCCCUUGUUGAACAUGUCUUACCAGAGUCUGAUUGGCAGCCUGGCGGACAAUCUCAAGAGCCUUCCUCCGUAUCUGCGUGGCAAUCCCUGGGCCAUGUCUCUUGCCAGCAUACUCGAAGGAGCCACAGAGACAAUGGACACACUGGACUUCGUCGAAAUCAAGAACUUGCCGGGCGUGAAGGCUGUUGUAAGCCUGAAGAACAUGCACCCGUUCAAGCUUUUGGGCAGCAUCAUGCAGGACGUUGGCCUUUUCAAGCUCCUCCGUCAGACGGCGAGCGAAAGCCAGAGGGCCGUGUCGUCGACCGGCUACGAAAGAAAGCUGCCAAAAUUUCCGUUGGCGUGGGCGAGGAGGUGGUCGGCUGAUUGUAAGCAGAGUCUGGCUUGGCCAAGGGCCACGUCGCUUACUCACAGAAUCGCCCGGCAACGAUUGGUGUUUGGGCAGCUUUGCGUAGACUUACAAGGUGAAGACCACCUUACAAAAGCACUCUUCACAGUUUUCUGCUUGGCCACAAAGCCGGGCAUCCCUGCUGAACUCAAUUGUUUAAGUCUUUGCCGUACCCUCACACCGAGUGGCUCAGGGGGAGGCUCUGCAGUAUGUGACAGUUUUCCGCGCGCUUCCAGCGAGUGGGAUGCGAGCCCGAGGGUCCUGCAGUCAUCGAGUACCUGA